UUAACAUUGGCACAAUUGGUACUAAUACUUUUCUUAAAAAGGUCAAGUGAGAUUUUUUUCAGUCGCCUUUCUAAAACACCCUUAUCACCUGACAGUAUAAUACUACCUGUUUUUCUAAGAACUGCACAGAGGCAGUUGACAAAAGCACUCCGAGUAAAGGUGCAACAAAUCCCUUUAAUUGUUAAUGGUAUCCAAGAAUAUGCGCGUUUCUGCCAGACGAGGUAUUUUCCUUCUAUUUCUCCUUUUAACUAAGGAGCUUUUAACUUCAGGUAGGUCAUGCUUCCUCUAUAACCACUGCUCUACUAUUGCUAAAAACAUGGCUAAUUAGCCAAGUUUAUCUUAUGGUGUAGGGUUUCAUUAUUGUCUUCUCGUCUGAUCGAAAUCUCUGUAAAUUAGGUAGGAUAGGGAGUGUUACGGCCGCAUAUCUCGUCAAAUGGUUUAAUGUUUAGUUCUUUGUUUAGUUUUGCCCAUUCCUGUCACAUUCUUUUCAGCUGUUGCAAUAGAGUACCAAAGUGUUACGUCAUAAGAAAUCAAAUUUGCGAAAUUAUGGGAUUUGUAGGAUAUUCUGAAAGAACAACAUUCAAGAGGCCUGCUGGCCAUAAACCAACACUGUGGGGCAAAUUGUUUCUGAGAUAUUAGCCAAGUUAUGCUUUGGUGACUCCAUACAAGUCCUUCUAAAUUUGACUCGAGUCUAAACGUUUAGACACAAGUCCGGCAAAUUUAGAAGUUGUAAAAUAUCCAUUUAUCACUGUUUAAAGUAUUUCGGAAAGGAAAACGGAGCGAACAUCCAAAAGCUUCUUAUUACAAUUCGUCGGUCUUCCAGUUUUGACAAAAUUUCGCCAAGAUGACACCGAAAUUUCCGAUUUGAUUCAACGAAAGUUCGUGGAUACCACAACGAAAAUUUUUUGCGAAUUUUCAUCGAAUUUUCACAAGAAAAAGGGACCGUGAAUUCGAAAGUUUCGGCUUUCAUUUCUUUUGCACGGUACUGUAUACACGUUUCAAUUGAAAUUGCUUCGGUGAAGAAUGAUGCAUGAUCCAUGUUUGACAGCCCACGGGUGCAUUAUGGGAGCAAUUUUAGUAAAUUACAUGCCCACGACGAACCUAGAAAUCUAGGCAGUAAACGCCACUGACCCUUUCCAGUGCUACGUCAGCAGAACGUUAAGAUAAAGCAUUUCAAAACACUGAAAUCUAAAGGCCUUUAGCAGUUGCCGCUUUUUAAGAGGACAUUGAUUUAAGUUUAAAUUUGCGCAACCAUUUGCGCCUUCUCAAAGGUUAUUAACACCUGCCAACAAGUUUUUUAAAAGAUACAUGGUCUCCAUAAUUCCAAUGAACACUUCCCGCUACAAAAGGGACCAUACUGCAUUGAAGUCUAUGAAACAUGGAUCAUACAUCAUGGAUCAUGUUUCACGGGAGCAACCUUGAUUGAAAUAGGUAUAUAUAAAGAAAGAAACCCACGAGACAAGGAAUUUCACACAAGAGAAUCUGUAAAGAGCGGAACGAACUCUUUAAUAUAUAGAUUUAGCCAGGGCUAAAAGCGACGCUCUGGUUAAUAGACUUAAAAACAAAAAAUUAAAUCGUGUAAUGCUGAACAGCGACGGCAAUAACAACGGCAUCAAAAUUAAUAGAUCUAAUUAGCAAAAAGAACAAUUUGCACGUUUCUAGCCGUUGUUUCAGGCACGACUACAAUGCCGUUUUGCGCGACUAAAACGUGAAACUUCCCUAGUUACACAUUAAUAUUAUGGAAGAAUUUUCGUAUGUGCUCGCCAAAAAUUUUGUUGCUUUUGUUCCUGUUUGCUUAUAUUUUUUCACUGCCGCUCAUUUUCACCUUGCUUACCGCUCCUUGUUGACCACUACCGUUUCUCAUUUUCUCACCUCCGCUAUGAAAUUUUCAUGUCUUUCUUCCAACGAAAUUGGUCUCCGUUGUUUUCAAUCACUCGCUCUAGCCCCUUCUCUGUUACUCACGUGAGUGUAUUUUAAAAAAUAUCGCCGAAAAAGACUCGACUUUGUUGUUGACCAUGCGAUUUCUUGCCAAAUAAACCUAGAGUUACAUAUGGGUUGCCAUACCUGUUGAUUAAGUUAUUUUCAUUGGUGUGCCUGUGGUGCGGACAGGCGGGCGGUCGGGCGGACCAACGGUCGCGUGACUACCAAAAUUUCUCCGAUGCAUUGGUAACCAAAUCUUCUUACCAAUGGUGCUCAGCUGCGCGUGCUUCGCGGAAGCGCGAGCGAUCGAGAGCUACGCUAUUAAGUCUCCAGGAGGCUGAGCGAGCAAACAAAAUCGCGAGAAGUCUUUGUGCCGUAAGCCAACUAAUAUAAAGAUAAGACAAAUGAAAAAAAAAUAAUGUCUCUACAAUGUGACAGUUUUUUUUAAGAAUAAACAGAUGACGUUCGCGCGUGUACAUAAUUGGGACUGUCCCUUCAGGGCUGUUUUAACUUUUUCUAUUUUCUAUCCAACAGCCGAUCGUCAGAGAUUUAUUUCUACACCAGAUAAGCCGACUAAGGCUUUCAUCGGUAGCAACGUUUCUUUGGUUUGGCGUUACUAUCAGCCAGCCCAUAUUAGUCUCAUCAAAGUUGUAUUUGGCUACUGGAAAAGCCCAGGCUACGUUUUUCCUAGAGUGAUGACCAUUAAUGGCACAACCAACAUUCCCGAAGUGAUGACAGGUUAUGAAUAUAACAUACGUUGGGCGGGAAACCUGACAGAUUACCUUGCAGCGUUCGUUGUGUGUAAUAUUCAACCAGUCAACGUAAGAUUGGAAUUUGGGAUACAUUUAGAGUUCGGAUACAGGCAUAACCCGCUAAGGGACUCAGUGCGGAUUAAAGUCGAGAAAAAACGUGAGUAAUGAUGACUUUAAGAACAGUUAAUUGUCUGCCAAUUAUUUGAUCUCAGUGUCACCUUGCAUGCUUUAGAAAUACAAAAGAAAAAUAAAUGAUCCAUUUCAUAUAUCAUUGACAAAACGCUCUCGUUAUACCAGGGUUUCCCCAUAAACUGCAUUGUUAAUCUCAGAGUCUGAAGCAUUGUGAAAUUUGAGGGCACAGAAAUUUUAAUUUUUUCAUGGUAAUUAUGAUAUCACUAUCUGUUUUCUUUGUUUCCUUUUCUUUUUUCUUAAGCCGUUGCUGACUUCCCAAGAAUCAUGAACAUUACUAAGCCACCUCUCCUAAAACUAGGAACUAAUCUAACGCUCAGUUGUGUUGCCAAUGGGUUAUCUCUACUGAAUGUCACAUGGCACAGGGGUGGAAAGGUCAUGAGUUACCACCAUGGUAACCGUACUUCAAAGGCGGUGUUUAAGUUGCACAACAUAACAAGUGAAGACUGGGGAGAAUACGUAUGUGUCGCCAGAAACUUAGACGGAGAGGAUACCAAAACCGUUUUUCUCAGAAGUAAGUUGUUUUGUUUUGUUAGUAUACAUGUAAAAUAAUGGUCUCUACCUGAAUUUUCAACUGACUAGAUUAGCAGAAUUUCCGCAAUUUCUCUCAAAUUCCCUUAUCUGACUUGGCUUUUUUACUGUGUUUGUUUGUUACUCCCUUUUUUGUCGUUGUUGUUGAUUUUAAACGCAUUUACCCAGUUUGACGUUUAGGAGAGGGCACCAACUUAUGUAAUCUAGGGCAAUUGGAGUAACUUCGUUAAUGAAGAACGGAAACUGCCGAACUAAUUAUAGGAGAAUUUUGAUUUGGACAGGAUUAUGCAAAAAAACCACCCAGUUUCAUUGCAUCGACGGGAUAUUCAAUCCCACUUAUGGUCCCCAUUUUGGAGGCGUAUUCGCAACUAUUAUAAAAACCUGGCGCAAAGAAGGUCACCAAGGCAAUUCAUGGGGACGAGGAUAUUAAUCAUCAGCCUGGCAAGAGAUCUGGGAGCUAAAUUAAGACUGGUCAAUUUUUGCGCUGCGAGGGCAUGAACAAAAUUUUGUAUGUCCUAGAGAUGCAACUUUCUGAAUUAUUUCAUGCUUAAAUUUUGCAAUUUCCUUCUCGCACAUAAACCUAACAACUGGAUGGUUUUUUUCUUUUCAAUGCAUCCAAUAACUUUUGUCCAUGUCCAAUUAUAAGUCAUGACUACCCUUAUCUAAAAGCAAUAAAGGACCACUUUUUACUUUUCAACUGAGCUGUUUGUCUCUGUAAAAACCACUAGGAACACGAAGAAACCUUGCCUUAUAAGAGUCCAAAUCAAACAAGAAAACAAAUAAACAAACGUUGAUCCAUGUAACGAAACGGCUAUCCCGCAGCAGGAUUAAACAAUUUCAAAAUCCAAAUAAUUUAACUGAUCAUGACUUGCAUGAAAAGGCAAAAAAUAUGGCAUUGCAUGACCUUUUAAUUUAAAGGGUGAGCUUACAGAGUACGCCUUUUCACAAUUUUUCUUUUACCUUUAAAGAAUUCCGCUAAAAAGAAAAAGGGAAAAAAAGAGUUAAAGCAUUUUUCGCCCCGAGGAUUUUCUUUGUACUUUUGUGUGGACUCUGGAAAGACUUCUAAAGUAUACGACACUACUUCAAUCUAUACCGCUAAUUUCGUCAGCAAAUGUUCUAUCGCGAGCUUUUCCGCAUAAGAAAUUUUCUCUAUACACGUGCAACCACUUCACCGAAAUAAUAUUUUAUCGUCUGCGACUAAUUUUCUCUUUCAUUACCAGUUCUUCUUGCCAGCCCAGUGAUUCUAAAUGGAAACAAGAUAGUGCGUAAUGCCAACUUUUACCUGCGGUGGUCACCGGUCUACACCGAUGGUAACUUACUGAUGUUGUAUACGGUUUGGUUCCAAGUCUUAAAAAUAGUAAAUAAAAGUAUGACUACCAAGGAAUUCUGGUUACGGGAGAACAUUACUGGGUUUGUGUACGUCAAAGAACUAGCCGUUGAUACGUGCUAUAUGUUCGCGGUAACAGCUUGGAACAAAUGGGGCGAGAGUGAAUUGGAGGAAGACAAAACAUUGAUCAUACUGACGAAUUUCACAGACGGAUUCACACAGCAAACGGAGAGGACAACAAAUCCACUUGGUAUGAACGACUGUUAAUUAAUUAGAAAAAAGAGUAGUCCUUCUAAAUAACUGAUAAAAUGAAUUCCUGUUCAACAUGGUUUUUCUGACGAGAGUAGAAUCGUUGAAGUCGCGACGAAGAAUAGUUGAAGUCGAGGAUAAGGUGAGUAUUCAAUUCAAUGAGUUUCAUUGAGCCAAAUCAAAGGCACUUCGCUUUUUGCCCCACAACGCACAGAAAAAAGAUGGCGAACUGCCGAAAUUCAAACAACUGUAACCUGGGAAAGGCGCUCAAAAGUGAUUAAGAGGGAUUAAAGUGGGGCUUAAUUCUAUUAACUAUUUGCAAUCUCUUCCAAAGCGCAAAAAAAAUUCAACUUCAGCCGCCUUCAAUACAAUCUUAACAACUUACCUGAAAUUAAAUUCUAGUAGUAUAUAGAUUCAUUGGCUGAUGUCUGAUGACUUAUUUCAUCCAUUUGUUUUCAGCUACAACAAAGCCACUGAACAGGAUGUCAAUACCACCAAUCUCUAGGGGCAAAAACGAAGAUAAAAAUAGAAAAAAUUCCAUCUCUGUGGAGACGUUUAUUCCGCUCACCAUCCCAGUUUCUCUGGUAGUAUUAUGUGCAGUUGGGUUGGCUUGUUAUUUUAAGCGAAACAAUUGUGUCCGCAAAAAUCCAAGACGGAAAGGUGAGUAACUGACAGAGAUGAUUUCUUCCAACGGACUAUUUUUGGUCCUUUCCUGAUUUCUACAAGAGGUUUGCAGAUUACUUUUCAACUUUACCGUGUGACGCAUGUCACCAAUUUAGUUUGUAAUGGAAACACCAAUCAACAAAAAAAUCUCCCCCUUUGGCUAAAACCACUGCUAUUUGUUGACACGUGAUGUAAAGAAGAGAAGAUAAAGAAAAAAGUUAUCAAUUUUUAAGUGGCCAUGUUAGGGCUGUCUAGUUCAUUUUGUCAUGCUAAUUACAUGACUUUCCUUAUUCGCUAUGGAACUUGACUCAAAAAUGGGAGGUCGUGGUUCGAUCUCCAGGGCCGGACCAAUACCCAGGUUCUUAAACAACUGACAAAUGUAUAGGUACAAGCCUUUCCCAGCUAUAAAUGGCUACGUCCAGGUAAAAUGGCGGUCCUGUCUGCAGUAGGAAACGUAAAAAAAUCGAUGUCCUCAAAUAGUAUUUUCGUGCCUAUUUAACAUUAGACUGCUUGCAGUCCGCCUUUUCCUCUUAAAAUCCGUCUAGUUCUUAACUCAGCCAGCCCGAUUGCAAACCACGACGUUAUGUUACAAUAAGGGAUCGUUCUUGGGUUUCGCGUGCAGUAACUUUGCAACGGAAAAAUAAGAGCCUGCUCACAGUCUAACUUAGCACUCAAAUAAAGAGCGUUUUACCAUGCUUGAUCGGCCAACUUUGUUCGACAACGUGCAUAUACAGAGAUUCAUAUAGUUUCACACUUUCUUUUUGUAUUACGUACAUGUAGCUGCCAUACCAAUAUGCGAUCAUUUCCAUUUUGCUAAUGUGGACUGUUCCUUACAUGUGAAUGCUUUAGUUAUAAAAUAAAAUCAACUUGUUGAAGCUCACCGAAUCCAAAAACUUGUCCCCGAAUAUCAAAAUUUAAAGACCUUAAAUUCUAGAAUAAGUCUCACUUAAAAAGUUACCAUUGUUUAAACAGGGCACCUGUCCAUAAGACAAAAAAACAAGUAAACAAAAUAAUCAUCUAAAGAGUUACACAAUUUGACUGUCUUAAUGUCUUUUUUAUUAUGACAGGGCGACAAGAAUGGUAUGUAUUUGAAGUGGUGAUUUCCUUUCUUUCUUGUGAUACAUAGUAUUAUCUUCUUUCUUGCUAUUGCUAUUCCUUAACAACUUCAAAACCGUUCACAUAGUAAUCCUUUAUGACAGAUGAUUGCCCACACAUGGGAUACUAUAAUUUAGCACUGUUUUAAAAUCUAGCCCAUAACCAUAUAAUGUUACUUGUUACAGUAACGAUUCAUGAUAUUUAUUCCAUUACUUACGUUUUCCACUUGGAAAAGCUGACAUAUUUUAAUGGCAUCAUAAUUAUUUGCAGGAUGACAAGAGUAUCUUUUGCAUCUCAUUUGGAUCUCACUUCUGAGCCGGUAUAGUGAUUUCUUAUUUUCCAUCGAAAUGGGUGGAAAGAUCUCACGUCUCAACUUUAUACAUUUUAGGAUUUUUGUAAUAUGAAUAAAAAAAAUUAUAUUUUAGUACGUUACUUUUGCGUCCUCUACAAACCAAGAUUUUACGCAUAUAACCUGUAUUAACCUGUUAACUGGUUUCAAUACCGUGCACACCAUGCAAGAACUGGAGAUUUUGACAGUAUUCAGCUACAACCGAGAGCCUUUCUCCAACAACAGAGUAAAAAAUUAAGAAAGAGAAAUAAGUUACUUAACUUCUCUGCUGAUAGUACGGUAGAUUUACGAAAAGGGGGCCUGCCCAACUGCUUUUUACACUAAGAAAUUUUACAUGUAAACUUUACGCACUUGAAACACUGUAUAUGGCGUUUCGCUCUCAGAUUGUUGCUAUUUAGGUUUCAAAAAAACAAACUGGCACACCACAAAACACCACAUCACACCACAGCCCUGAAAUUGCGUAAUCAGAUAUAUGGGUUUCUUGUAGGCUCAAGACGCAGAGGAUAGAGAUCACUCAGUAAUACUAUCAGGGUCAUCACGUUUUAUCCAAGAAUCAACAUCAGCAUCAGCAACAAACAUGGAAGAGCGCUGCAUUCAACCCACCCCUGGAGAAUCAUUUUUGCUUACGCCUUUCAUUUCUGGGCUGAGCUCUGGAACAAAUGCCCAGACGAGCCGAGAGCAGCCAGCCUCACUGAAUAUACUUUCUUCUUGCACAGGUGGUGAAAUCAGUAAUCGAGAUGUUAUUUCUGUAAUGAGCAGUGAUACCCUUGAAGAACAUAACAUCAACAUGGAGACUAACUGCAUCGGCGCAGCAAUCGAGAAAAGCCAGGGAAAAUUCAAUUUUAGUCAACAACUUUGGAAUCCAAAGUUUCAACAAACGUUGGAUUCCCAAGGUUACCUUCAGCCAGUGGAUGGUGAUAGUGUGACCAAUUCCAGGACGAAGUUAACAAAAAUGGCAGGAAAAGAAACCAAAACAUCACAAUGCAAAGGCACAGUGGAUAUUUCUUUUUCUUCCAUAGGAAGUGAGGUCAUUAAUCCAGAUGUUACUUCUGUAAUGAACAGUGAAAGCCUUGAAGAACGUAACAACAACAUGGUUACUAACCGCAAUGGCGCCGCAAUCGAAAAAAGCCAGAGAAAAUUAUAUUUUAGUCAGCAAGUUGAAAAUCCAACGUUUCAACAAAUGUUAGAUUCUCAAGGUUACCUUCAGCCAGCAGACAGCGAUAGUCUGACCAAUUCCAGGACGAAGUUAACAAAAAUGGCAAGAAAAGAAACCAAAACAUCACGGUGCAAAGAGACCUCGGUUGAUGACCCUCCCUUACCAUUUACAAGUGGGAUAGAAAUCGGCUGUCGGCAAAGCGUAAUUCCUCGAACUCCUAACCAAUCAUUUCCAGUCGAUCCUAAGAAAAGAACUGCCCCUAGAGCGAGAGACUAUCAGAAUGAACGACUUCCAGACACUACAUAUAAGAAUGCAGUAAUCCAAGGCUCCACGUAUCAUCCCAUUCCCAUUGGCGAGUCUCAAUAUGCACACAUUUACUGCAACGCUAACUGGGAAAUCCCACAUGACCAUCUUAUGUUGAAAAAGAAAAUUGGUGGUGGGUCGUUUGGUCAGGUGUGGAAAGGAAAGGUGUCUGACAUCACUGGUGCUGGAGAGCGGUCAGUUGUGGCUGUCAAGAUGCUGAAAGGUAAGAUUAUUAUAAGUGUAAUUAAGUGUUUAAGGGCCUGGAAGACCUAAGAAGACUUGUUCUCAGCCAGCGCACGGGCAAAAGUUUAUAUCAAGCAAAUGUAAGAAACCUUUUCUACUGAAAUGCUGAUCUAUGAAAAGCCAAGUCGAAAAAAAUUCAAGAUAACGUCAUUAUGUCACAUGUAGUGCUUUAUAAGGAACCAAACAGUCUCUGAAAAUGGUCUAUCCCUUUAGGGUUAACAUCUUUAUCAUGAGGACAUAUGCACCUAAAAAACCCAGAAGUUGCCAGCAGAAAUUUCUUAUUUUUCGGUCGCCUUUGACAUACUGUGUGAUCUUGGCGGGCGCAUAAGUAUUGAGCAUGCGUACUUAGGGAGUAAUGUGUAAAGGCUUGUUUUGUUUACUUUCAUAGGAAAUACACAAGCAAAGAUAACUGAAAAUCAACUCAUAAAAAUUGGACGAAAUUCGGUUGAAAUGAUGAAAAUAUCGCAUUUCAGUCAUGAAAGCCUCAAAAUAAACGUUGAACUACGACUUCAGUGGGUGGGGUCGACAAGGAGCAAUGUGACUGGAAAGGCUAGAUUAACGUGACUAUGACGUCAAAGUGGUACCCAACUCAAGAUAUCAAGUAAGGGAUGUAACACGAGUAUGGUAACGAGGUCAAUGAAGUCACGCAUACGCUAAAAACUUGGGAAUACGUAUUUGAAUAAAAUAAAAUCUGCUUUACACGCGGGAACUUGGGAGGGUCCUAGUGACCACUCGUCUCAGACUGUUUUUACAAAUUCAACAAACUCUAUAUAUGUCUCACUCAUCUACGUUUGUAUCCUUAGGGGUAUGUGACAAAGGUCAGUUGAUCCAAUCCCCGUUUUUGUGUACAAACCAACUGAAACUUUUUGUACUCUGGAAAGGUGAAGAGAUAGUAAUGUUUUGCAUCUCAGUUUUUUGACAGAUCUAGAUAACUUGAAUUUGGUGCGUGUUCUUCAGCGGUUUCUGCACCUCGUUUUGGACGUUUUUCUUCAUCACUUGGUCAUUCAAUGAGGCCUCUCCCUCACUUUUGAGGCUGAAACAUCGGACUUUGCAACCAAUUUUGUCGCGCAAGGACUUGUACCUGUAGUUCCAAUGCGAGAGCGAGUUCGACGAUGUAGUCUCCAGCUUCGGGCUUUUAUCUUUGAAAUCUUUUUAUCUUUGAAAUCGCCAAAGACCUUGUCCGGUUCGCCAGGACGAUUGAUAAAAAUAACGGAUUCUUUGUCAUUAUAAUACAGAAAGCGUCCUCCCAAGUUCGAAGGCUUUGUAUGAGUGCAAUCAGUCGCGACAGCUAGUGAAGCAAGUGACGAAUAUGUUCGCCAAUAUGCUAUCGUUCCCCUUGUGCUGUUAGUAACACACUUCUACCCUCUCUUCAGUGAGUGGACUUACGUAUCUGACGUCAUGCUCGUCUGAGUCUAGGAACAUGUGAAAUGCUAUGUGGUCGACGAUUUCUUUGACUUGGGUCUUGUUUAAUCGUUGGCCAAACUUGUUCCGCAUGGAGCUGAACAGAAUCUUGGCCGUUUGUCUAACACACAGAUUGUACUUCAUAUUGUGAGGGUCCAAACGAAUGCCUUUCUUUGCGUGAUAUCAUUAGAUGUACUCGGCCUUUUCCUCUUCGAUUCCCCUCCAUCUGGCCUCUACCUUUAUUUUCACCAGCCGAUGUAAUCUUCCAACAGAUCCGAAUGAGGAAAGUGCCAGAGUUCAUUGAUGUGAAACAUCUUGUAACAUUUGUAUACAGCCUUCUAGAAUUCCGGGGUACAUUUGCUUUGCAGGGCUCUCUCGUGGUCUAUAUAAAUACACGAAUACGAUUUGCCCACCAAAAGUUGGGUCAAUUGAUCUUAAACGCAGGUCGCGCACAACGGGAAAGUCAGUUUGUCACCGUUUCGGAAUGAAAACAACGGAUGUUAUACAAAGUCACGUAGAUCUCGGGGUGGAGGGACUUUGCAGUGUUAAAGUACAAAAGUACUGUUCCAGGUCUGAGGGGUCUACGUCACUACAAAUUGCUGGAUGGCCCACGGGCUAAUGGCCUCGUUUGUUUACCCAAGUGUUGGUGGGAGGUGAUGUUCGGAUGUUACCGUGUGCAAAUCAGGUUCUAUUUUUCAUUUAAAUGAACUUUCUGAAGUUUCCACAGUAUGUACUACGUGAUCCUGAUUUAGUGCCACUGUGACGUCAUGGUCACGUUGCUCCCGCCUUACCAGUCACAUUGCCCCUGUCGAUCACAGCCACUGACCACGCCCGUGGAAGACACUGCACGUUACAACUGCUGUUCUCUUGGGUUUGAUCAAUUAAGUUAUGAUAGCGUAUGAGUGUUUCCGACAAACUUAAAGGUGUAUUUGAAACAAUAAAAACAUGAAACAUUCAAUGUUUGUGUUUUGUUACGAAGUACUCAUGUAUGUACUGAAUUUAUUAUUGGCCACAGAAGAUCAGAAGUAAAUUCCUUCAGUUAAAAUAGUUUGAGCCACUUUUUAAACGUUUUAUGAGAAGCUAAAAUGGAGAUGGAUUUUGUAUUAAUGGUCACGUUUACCCCUUGUAGAAAAUUUUUCCAAGUCAGAUCUCAAGGACCUUCUCUCAGAGCUUGAUUUGCUGAAGAAGCUUAAACCUCAUCCUAACGUCAUACGGUUGAUGGGCUGUGUGACCAAAGAUGUGGCACUAUGCAAAGGAAACAGGAAGUUCAGUAAGUGUAGCACUUCAAAAAAAUGUGUCAGUCACAUCUAAUUCCUUAUUUUUAAUUAACUAAUUUUGAGCUUACUUGAUCUGAGACUUUAACCCAAUUUAGACCCGAAUGUUGGUUUAACCAGUUAUAAGAGCUGCAGUUUUGAAUUUUCAAAAAAAGUUAGGCCUCUUGCUGAGACUGUUGAAACAUUGAAGUGGUGUUUUACAGGGCCACCUCUUGUUAUCCUGGAGUUUGCUGCUCAUGGCGAUCUUCUUGGGUAUCUUGUGAAAAGCAAGGGACAAUAUGAUGAUUACUAUAAUUUAAAGAGAAAGGAAGACGCUCAUAAGAUAACAAAACAACUGCUUCAUCAAUUCGCCGCCGAUAUUGCUCGAGGAAUGGAAUAUAUCGCCGCUAACCAGGUGCGUUGUAUAUAAAUAAGGUGUUUUCAAAACCGUCAAAAAGUCAUUUCCAUUUUCUUAAACUCACACCUACAUCAAUGAGCCAAAAUCCAUGUUAACUGAUUACACCCUAGCUUGUAUAUACAAAUGAUGUAUGUAUGAUUGUUUAUUCUUUUUUAAUACUGACAGCUUAUCCACCGAGAUUUAGCUGCCCGCAACGUGUUAAUCGGUGAUGGCUUGCGAUGUAAAAUUACCGACUUUGGAAUGGCUAGGGACCUGGGAAGAGGUGAAAUUUACAUCAAGAGAUCAAAUGUGUGUCGGUAAUGGUUUGCGGGCUUAUUUACAGCAUUCACAUAAAUUCAAAGAAAAGUUCAACCUUGCUAUAGUGGAACUCUGCCUAAAGACAGCUCCAUUACUGCGUUUUUCAUUAAUAAAAAAGUGGCGCCUCAAAAUUAAAAUUUUAACUAACGGUUUCCUUUGCUUCCGUCAAUCUUCUAACGGACUUCCCAGAAAAGAUUGGUUUCCUUCAAUGUCUUCUAACGGUCAUUUCUGUGUGCUGUACCAUUUGCGUAACGACAAUCAAGGAUAAUUUUGCUAUUAUUCCGUAUUUAACUUUUAUGACUAAAUUUGAUCAGAAUUAGGGUGCUAAUUAAAGCCAAUCAGAAACGGAGAAACAUUUUCAUAUAAUAACAAUGAUAUUGACUUGAGUUUAGAAUCCAGUGAUAUGAUAUAUUGUUGCUAUUUUCCUGUUAAGGUCCCAUUAAAUUCUGUAAAUGACAUACCAACAUAAAUCUACCAAGAAAAUGUUUGCUGAUGAUAAAAAGUUCAUACCGUGAACAUAAACUGGAAGAAAUUAUGGAUUGAGUCGAUACGUUUGACAAAUCAUUUGCGAUCACAGCCUUCAUCCUUAUGUUAGUCAUGACCACCUCAACACCAGAGAAAUGAUUUAACACCAUGACGAGAGUAAAAACAUACCGGCUAUCUACACAUCGCUAAUUUUGCAUCGUUAGCUUAAAUUCUCACAUACAGACCAAUUGACCUUGGGAAUGGCCAUAGAUUUCUAAAUGAUUGUAGGCCAAAAACACUCAUAUAUUCUUGCCACGCUGAUAAUGACAGUACUCAUUAUCUUAAAGAAAAAACUUCAAGCUCUCUACCAGAAUACUCUUUUCGCUGCAAUAGAGUGUUUUCACAUGACGUCAUGGCGGCCACAUUGGUGUCCCAAAACAAUGAAACGGCGGCCAUGUUAGUGUCCCAAACCAAUCCUCAGGGAGUUGAACUCUUUUCUUAUGCAAACGCCCUCUUUUGUUCCAAUAAAUUUGCAUAGAUGCUGGCCACGUGAGUGAAAACACUCUAUAUUAUCUCAGUAUUAAGGAUAGGUCAAGGAAACAGGCUGUGUUUAAAGGUAUUAUCAAAGUAGCCUGCUUUUAUGUAAGACGUUUACAUACAGGGCUUAAACAAAAAAAUUGGCUCACUACACCUCUAUCUCCCGUGGUCUUAUUCAUGUCUGUUAGGGAUAAGUACAUUAAAUAAAAUCGGACGACAUGUUCAACUGACAUUACAUUGAAAUCUAAUUUUUGUCUGCUUGUAUAUUAAUACUUUCCUUAAUUAAUCUAUAAAUCCGUCCAAUACUCCAUGUAAAUAAACUAUACCAGAGAUUGUACAUUUUUUAAAAAAUAUAUGGCAAAUCUGUAAAGAGGGCAAAGAUAUAAAAUGUUUUCAUUUUGUAUAAAUCGUGAGGCCCAUCAGUCCUUGCAUCAAAAGGUCAGCAGAUUGUGCUCUCACUAGCCUCUAAAAAUGAUAUGCCACAAGAGAAAAUAAAACUCUCUUGCAUGCCAUUUAUGAAACGUAUCUUGCCUUGAUGGCAUGCGAAUAGAUUUAACUGAGCAAAUGAUCACAUUCGCUAUUUUAUACGUUCAGAUUUUUUUUUUUGCUUAGGUCUGGCUCAGACGGCGUACUUCACAUGCGACGAAUUCGAGGGUUUCAAAAGGGUUAACCGUCAGUCGUCAAACGGCCUAAAAUUUAACCGUCAACCGUCAAAAAAGGUACAUUUUUACCGUCAGCCGUCAAAAAUGUUCAAGGCAUUUCAAGUCUUGCUCCUUUUUUUAGUAUUUCAGCUGAUCUUCAUGGACUUCUGGCUCCUGAAGAAUCUCCAAUUAAAGCUGAGAAAACCAGUUCCCAUAUCCUCAAAACACUCUUAGACAUUACAAGACCUCAGAACUUGCUUAUACAUCCCAAAAUAUUUCGAAAUUGUAUAAGUGAAAGGCCAAGACAACCUCCAAAACACAACGAACACUUAUUUACUAUUAUUUACUAUUUACUAAAACUCUUGGACUAAAUUUCCACUUAACCGUCAACCGUCAAAAGCUCCAAAAUCUAUUCGUCAACCAUCAAAGCUUCCACCCAAUUGAGACCCUCGAAUCUGAAUUGACUGAAUUAAUUUCAUGUCAAGUACGGCGCCUGAAUCAACUCGGAUCGGCUCAGCCAUUCCCUCAGCCGUUCUUCACGCCUGAUUCACUGCCGCGAAUAACGUUUGUGGACCCCCGUUGAUUCAGGCGCUCCGAACUUCACAUUGGGCGAACCAAAUGCAUAUUGUUUUUACAAUGCAGUUUACCUUUUGAAUUAAUUUGUGGGGGUAUUGUAGGUUCUGUGUACUUGAACUUCAGACCAAAAACCAGGAGGAACGUUUAGAUAAAGAACGUAUACAGAACAUAGAGGAGAAGUUAUAUUCUAAAUGCAAGUCACGAGAGAUUGCAAAUAAUAAAAUUUAAAGUGUGGUAAAGGCCUGGGCUGCGGUGGAAAAACCACAGGCCAAUAACAUUGCAGAAAGGAAUAAAGAUCGGCGUUUGAGUCAGUUCGUCAGGUCUAAAACUAAUUUAAGUCGGCCUAAAAGUUUGAAUUCGAUUCCGCUCAUGUGUAAUGCGUCGUCUGAACCGGGCCUUUUUUUGCCUACAGGGUCUUAUGCCAGUGAAAUGGAUGGCUGUGGAGUCGUUACUAAAUCAAGUUUAUACCACAGAAAGUGACGUGUAAGUGAAUAAAACACGUAAGAAAACUAACCUUUUAAUUAUUAUUAAGGCCCGCUAGUGAGUCCUUCACCACCUAAAAUAAAUAAGGAGUAUAGGUUGCAUAAAUUCUUCCUCAAACGUACGAGCUUCUCGGUUGUGUAAUGGAAAAUAUAUACAUGUAAAAUGUACAAAAGUACGGUUACGUUUGUACACGCCUACAAUGUACAGCGUUUACGGCUUUCGUCCACACGGGAAAGAUCACACACGGAUAUUUUCGUGAAAAGGAAAGAAAACUUAGUAAACAGAAAUAUCGCUCUCAUAACAUGCACGGACUCGUGUAAUCAUAUAGAAUAAAAGGCUUAGCCAGCGAUGUUUAUUAUUGCUAAAAGGAUUUGGAGCAACAUAAGUGCUUUUGCAAUGCAGUAUCUAUGAGGCAGUCUAACACUGCGCUUAAUUAUAACAAAAGUAUCUUUGUCAAUUUAUAGGUGGAGUUACGGGAUCGUCCUGUAUGAGAUUUUCACUAUUGGUAAGUACUAAAGCCUCUAGGUUCAUGGAAAAAACAAGGAACUUUAUUCUCUUUAUUUACUUCUUUAGUACGGCUUUUCAAUUGACAACAGCCAGGAGAAAAUAUUACAAAAAUAUAUGUUCAUAUCAAUAAACAACUGAAAGGGCUCUUAGAGUCUAGUUGAAAGUGGAGUCAACUGAGUUGUUUGGUUCCCUAUAGUACGCUAAAACGCGUGCAAUAAAAACAACAAAGAAUAUAUCUAAAAUAUGGCUUAAAUCCUUGAAGCCCCGACCCCCCCCUUUUCAGGGGGAGAAAAUGAAUAAAGUGAAUAAGCCACUUAAUUUUAAUCCCUCCUCCCCUCCCCCUUAUUAAAGACAAUUUGGAUUCUAACGAGAGUCCUUCAGUGUUUUCUUCAUUCAUGUCCGCACACUGAUAUUUUUGUAGGAGGAAACCCCUAUGACGGCAUGACUGGAGAAGAGGUGUUCAGUUUUGUGGCAAGUGGUCGGAGAAUGCGCAAAACGUCAGCUAUAAGCCCUGAACUGUAAGUCGUCCACUGGUUAAGGAAUCCUUUCGUGAAUACGUCACGACCGCUAUUCAGCUGCAGGCUCGAUCAAAGCAGUGAGGAGUGGGUCACAUGAAAAAAAAGCAGAUAAACGCAUCUGCUGUUUUUUUUUUUGUUUUUUUUUUUCCCAAUUGCUAUAUUUCAGCCUAUAUUGGUCAUAGAGCGGACUGAUUUUUUAAGUGAUAUAUUUGUAUAUAUUUUUUUAGCGAAAUCGGUUCAAGGUACUACCGCGUAGUCACGUAACCAGCUCACACUUUUUACCGUACUGCAUACGUCUUAAUGGCAACAACCUUCCUUUAUUAUCUUUAUCUAGUUAUGAGCUUAUGCUUCAGUGCUGGAACAAAGAACCUUCCAAGCGACCUAAGUUCAACAAUAUUGUGGAUUGGAUGGAGACUUCAUACACCCGUUCAUAGAAGUCAUUUGAAUUAAAGAUGACACGAGACAUCUUCUUCACCGGAUACUAUUCGACUGAUCGCUCUAUCUUGUCUACUUGUUCUGAGGAAAAUGACGGAAUACUCAUAGUCUAGUUUUACAUAUUAAAUACUUAUUGCCACUGAUCCAUAUCAAUUACAACGACAUAACCCUUAGUUUUUCUUAGGCAAUAUGCGAAUUCUGCAUGUAAAUUUCUUGAAAUCUAACGGAGUAUUAUGUGUAUAAAGGCGCGUUCCAUUGAUCGUAUUCCGGAGUAAUAAUACGCAAAAGUUUUGUCACAAAUCUUUUCUACCGUUAUUUUUUAUAUAUAUAAAACAUAAUAUUUCAUUUCAAACAGUUUAGUAAAAAUUGAAACACAAUAAAAGCCAAAGC